UUGACAUAUAUAGUAUAUAUAAUCCAUUGCCAUUCUGUGUGUGUUACAACUUUUUUUUUCAUAGUUUCUACUUUGAUCAAAACUGAACGACGGCGAUUAAAACACUUUGCACAGCACUUAAUACGCACGGGAAAUUUGAAGGAAAAUUGGGCGAUUUUUUCUCGUUUUUGUUGAAAUCAACAGAAAUUAGCCAAAGUGUUCUGUGGACGUUUAAUUGGCCAGUUGAAUGUGUGUGCACGGUGUACAUAAUGGAGCAUGAACCAAUAAAGUAUAACGACGAUGAAUUCGAAGAUGGAGAGCUUUCCGACAGCAACGACAGUUAUACUCCAUUGCAGAGGCCAAACACAUCGACAUCGACACGAGAAACUGCGUCAUCACUACCAUCAUCCUUAGGCACCAGUGGAAUCACCAAAAUGGAAGAUGCAUCCGAAUUGGAAGAGUCUCUGGCCGAAUCGGACAGCGAUUCGGGCAGUGAUUGCGACUUUUCCAGUGCUAGAAAUCGAACAAACAAGAAAAAGGUUCUAAAAAUUAAACCAUUGCAGGGCAUUCAAAUUCCUGGUGCACAAACGUCACGUUUUCAUCAUAACAAAUACAACAUUUGGUCGAGCAGUCUACAGGAGGAGGUGAUGGAAAACCUAAAGGGAUGCGGUGUCGAUCAGGACAGUGGACGGUAUGAUCGAAACUGUGAAUCGUAUGAUUAUUCGUUGAAGUAUCGUUUGAACGGUGAAAACAGUUUAAAACGUCGCCAAUCGUACAGCGAUGACUCGGAUAAAGGUUUCAAUUGCUCCACAUCGAAUGCAUUUGAAUCGAAGAACAAACGCUUUCGAGCAAAUAGCCUUAGCGUAAAAGACCGAAAAAAUGUGCGCUUACGUUUGGGCAAUCGUAGCGAUGAUAGCAGCGGUAACGAGGGCAGCGGUGCCAUGAAUAUGGCCCGAAAUAUUCUCGACUUGUCGGUCGAUGCAUCGGCAACCAAUGAUGAAAUCGCUAAAGAUAUUGCCAAUAAAUUGUACGAGGAGAAGGAUACAUUGAUGAUUCGAGUUGUAAAUAUACUUGGUCGUGAUUUGUCAAUCAAACUGUUCAAAGAAACGCAGAAGAUCGAAAGUGACGGCGGUAUGUUGAUUGUGAAUGGGAUGCGACGUCGAACACCUGGCGGUGUAUUUUUGUUUCUGUUGAAAAAUUGCGAUGAUAUCAGCAAAAAGCAGAAAAAGGACAUUUUCCUGGAAGAGACACGGAAAACCAUUAAAAAUCGCAAAAUAUCACAGGCACUGCAACGUGAUCUGGAGGUGGAGGAGUUGAAAAAAUCGUUGAAAAACGAAAAUGAGCUGCCAGUAUUGGGGUCACGUAGUGAUCUGUUGGCAUCAUCCACAUCACAUUUAUGUUUGGAUACACAUGUUAACCUCUCGAAUCCACCCCCAUCUCCGGUCACCGAUUGCAAUCGCGAAAAUAGCUCAGACUUCGAUUCACACUCAAUUCAACACAUGGUGAAUGUGACAAGUCCGGAAAAAGAUUUUCAAAGAGCAACGAAUGCAGCUGUAUCCUACGAAGACGAUAUACUGAGCAUGAACUGUGAUGAGAUGGAUUUGUUUUGAAACAAAUUGGGAAUCAAUGUAAAAAAAAUGAUUACUGUAAAAUGUAUAUAAUAAUUAUUAUACAUAUAAAAAAGCGUAACAAAGUUUUAUAACAGAAAAAAAAAACGAAAUUGCACAUUCACAUUCAAAAAUGAAAAGGAAAAAAAACCAUACUUGAACCACAUGUGGAAUGCGCAACAUUUUGCAGAAGUGCCUGGGUCGGCGCUAUUUAAUGGAAUUGUGUGAUUUUUAUUUUGCCGAAUUUUCUUUUCUUCAUUUUUUUCAUUCUGUUGAAAAUGCUGAAGAAAAUUGUAAACAUUUCAUGUGACAACAAAAACGUGGAUUCAAUUCAAAUGUUCCCGGAUGCAGUAAAUGCGCAAUUUUGCACAUGCACGACAAUUUCAGCAAAAUUAAGAGCAUCAAUUUUUUUUUGAAAAAAGAAAAUUUCAAAACAAACAAAAAAGUUUCAUAUAUUAUUGAAGUAUGGUUUGGUUUAGCCGGCUAUAGAAACAGAUAAGCGGAUCAAAACUAAGGGAAAAAAUAAUUUUUUUUAGAUUUAUCGCAUAUAGAAAUUUUUGUUUUGUUUUGUUUUUCUUUUCUAUUAUCGAUUUUAAGUGAGAGCGCCGUGCGGUUUUAAUGAAACCUGUAAUUUGCUGACCUUUUUCUUGUCAAGAAGAGGAGCGGAAAUAUUACAUGAAAACUAUGAGCAUUGUGUUUAGCAUACUACAAAAACCAAUUUUAAAACUGCAAUCAUAUUAGAAAAAUUGUUUUUUUUUCUCUUUUGUUCUAUCUCUUUCUUCAGUUUCAUUUUGUUCUCUUUGAAUAUUCGAUGUCAUGUUAUGCUGUAUUUUUUACAAAUUAAAAUUAUUCAUUUAAAUUCGAAGAGAAAAGAAUAUGAGCAACAGUUCAGAAAAUAAAAGAAAUAAAUAAUGAAAAAAACAAAAAAAAA